CCGGCAGCGGGGAAGCGCCGGCGUCCGAGCCCCGGGCCGGGCCGGGAGGUGGGCCCCGCGCCGCUGCCGCGCCAUGGCGGAGACCAAGAUCAUCUAUCACAUGGAUGAGGAGGAGACGCCGUACCUGGUCAAGCUGCCCGUGGCGCCGGAGCGCGUCACGCUGGCCGACUUCAAGAAUGUGCUCAGCAACCGGCCGGUGCACGCUUACAAAUUCUUCUUCAAGUCCAUGGACCAGGACUUCGGGGUGGUGAAGGAGGAGAUCUCUGAUGACAAUGCCAAGCUGCCCUGCUUCAAUGGCCGUGUGGUCUCCUGGCUGGUUCUGGCCGAGGGCGCACACUCAGAUGCAGGAUCUCAGAGCACUGAUGGUCACACAGAUCUGCCCCCACCUCUUGAGAGAACGGGCGGCAUCGGGGACUCCCGGCCCCCCUCUUUCCACCCCAAUGUUGCCAGCAGCCGUGAUGGGAUGGACAAUGAGACCGGCACGGAGUCAAUGGUCAGCCACCGGCGGGAGCGAGCCCGACGUCGGAACCGCGAAGAGGCUGCCCGGACCAACGGGCACCCAAGGGGGGACCGACGGCGAGACCUGGGGCUACCCCCUGACAGUGCGUCCACCGUGCUAAGCAGUGAACUUGAGUCCAGUAGCUUCAUUGACUCAGACGAGGAUGACAACACAAGCCGACUGAGCAGCUCCACGGAGCAGAGCACUUCCUCCCGGCUCAUCCGGAAGCACAAACGCCGGCGGCGGAAGCAGCGCCUGCGGCAAGCGGACCGUGCCUCUUCCUUCAGCAGCAUCACGGACUCCACCAUGUCCCUGAACAUAAUCACCGUCACUCUUAACAUGGAGAGGCACCACUUCCUGGGCAUCAGCAUUGUGGGUCAGAGCAACGAGCGGGGUGAUGGUGGCAUCUACAUCGGCUCCAUCAUGAAGGGCGGUGCUGUGGCAGCCGAUGGGCGCAUCGAGCCAGGCGACAUGUUGCUGCAGGUGAAUGACAUCAACUUCGAGAACAUGAGCAAUGACGACGCGGUGCGGGUGCUGCGGGAGAUUGUGUCACAGACGGGGCCCAUCAGCCUCACAGUGGCCAAAUGCUGGGACCCGACCCCCCGGAGCUACUUCACCAUCCCGAGGGCUGACCCGGUGCGGCCCAUCGACCCUGCUGCCUGGCUGUCCCACACGGCGGCACUGACGGGAGCCCUGCCCCGCUACGGUACGAGCCCCUGCUCCAGCGCUGUCACGCGCACCAGCUCCUCCUCACUAACCAGCUCUGUGCCCGGCGCUCCACAACUGGAGGAGGCGCCUCUGACGGUGAAGAGCGACAUGGGUGCUGUAGUGCGCGUCAUGCAACUGCCGGACUCGGGCCUGGAGAUCCGUGAUCGCAUGUGGCUCAAGAUCACCAUUGCCAAUGCCGUCAUUGGGGCGGACGUGGUGGACUGGCUGUAUACACAUGUGGAAGGCUUCAAGGAAAGGCGUGAGGCCCGCAAGUAUGCCAGCAGCAUGCUGAAGCGCGGCUUCCUGCGGCACACAGUGAACAAGAUCACCUUCUCGGAGCAGUGCUACUACGUCUUUGGGGACCUGUGCAGCAAUCUCGCAGCCCUGAACCUGAACAGCGGCUCCAGUGGGGCUUCGGAUCAGGACACUCUGGCCCCACUGCCCCAUCCGGCCGCUCCCUGGCCCCUGGGUCAGGGCUACCCCUACCAGUACCCGGGCCCCCCGCCCUGCUUCCCACCCGCCUACCAGGACCCUGGCUUCAGCUACGGCAGCGGCAGUGCUGGGAGUCAGCAGAGUGAAGGAAGCAAAAGCAGCGGGUCUGCCCGGAGUGCUGGCGGGAGCAGCCGGCGGGCACUGGGCCGUGAGAAGGAGCGCCGGGCGGCUGGAGCCGGGGGCAGUGGCAGCGAGUCGGACCACACGGCACCAAGUGGGGUCGGUGGCAGCAGCUGGCGGGAGCGUCCGGCUAGUCAGCUCAGCCGGGGCAGCAGCCCUCACAGCCAGGCCUCGGCUGCUGCCCCGGGGCUCCCUCCACUGUAUCCCUUAACAAAGGCAUACUCGGUGGUGGGGGGGCCACCUGGGGGGCCACCUGUCCGGGAGCUGGCGGCUGUUCCCCCAGAGCUGACAGGCAGCCGCCAGUCCUUCCAGAAGGCUAUGGGAAACCCCUGUGAAUUCUUUGUUGACAUCAUGUGACUGAGGAGAGAGUGCCUUCAGCUUGGCCCUGUGGAGGGGGAGCCGGUGGUCCUGCCCACUCCUGCAGGAGGGCACAGCCUCUGGAGCUUAUGUGGGCUUGCCUUAUUGGUGGCUGUCUUGGGUCAAGCCAGCCUGUGCUUUCAUGCACACAAGAGGCCAGGUCAUGGGGCCCAGGCCUGGCAGAGUGGGAGAAGGCUGGGCGAGGGGCUGAGGGCACCCCAGACCACCAUGAUCUGAAUUUGGCAGUCCGUCCAUUCCCAUUUGGAGCAGCUUGUGUCCAUGCAGACCCUGUGCCCUUGGGGUGUGCCUCAGGGACCCCCACUUGCCUACAGAGCUGUGUGCAGGGCCCCAGACUAUGCUGGGAAGUGGCUGCUGGGCCUGGGCCCCCUCUUUGCCCAUCACAGGCCCCACCACUCUUUCCUGGGCUGGGUUGGCCCUUGUCAAGGUGGAAUCAGAACCCCCAGGCCCUUCUGUGGAUGUCCAGGGUAGGGAUCUAAUUUAUUUAUUUAUUGCCUGGCCUGUGUGCUCUAGGGGAGGUGGUGGCCAGGUCAGCUGCUCCUGCGCCCACCAGGCUUCAGACUGAAUGCAGGGACACAGGUCCUGUCUGACAGUGGGGGGGGGGGGGUGAGGGGAGAUGGGAGGGGGCCGUGUUUCAGCUGGCGGUGGUGGGGAUGUGACCCUGAGGGGUAAGGGGGCACAGAUGCCCACAGCUGCCUGUAGAGGCUGGGUCUGGGGAAGAGGGGUAGCCAGCCCACCCUUCCUUGCUGUCCUCGAGUGACUGCCCACCCACUCACGCCGCUUCCUUCCUGGCGUUUCUGGCCUGCACACAUCUGCGCUGUAGAUACUGUAUCGAGUCGGAGUGUCCAUCCAGAUAGUUAAUAGAGCUGCUUCUGUGUAAAUGUUAUUUUAAAGACUAAAAAGCAUUUAAUUUUAUGGGA